AUGCAUAAGCUCUGCCUUCUACUCGUGGCCUCCGGCGUUUUUUUCGGUGAAAGUGUCGGAUCGACAACCGGCGGCGACCAAGCGGUUGUUGCCGCACCCAACGCGGGGACUGUGCUACGCGUUGGCGGCGCUUCGUCCGACUCGCUAGGACUGUUGCGAUCUCACCUUGAGGAUCGGAACGCGGUCACGGCUUUGUUCGAGAAAAUGAAUCAGCUUGUUUCGAGGGCCACUACGAACCUAUGGAAGGAUCAGCAGUUAUUCGGACACGUGCGCGCUGGGCCAAGAGAGGAGUUAAACCGCAACGAAGUAGGUCGAUUGAUCGACACUGGUCGAAAAGCCGCCAAGAGUGAGGAGGAGCUUGCGCUUUGGAAAAAUUAUGACGUCUGGUUUAGAUCAUAUGGUAAGCCGGUUGACCUCGACGCGCUAUACCGGGUGUUCAAGGGCGACACUACUCUAGACAAGGUAUUUAAACGACUUGCAGCGCUCCGCAACAUCGAUGAUGAUCAAUUUCAGGGGAUGGUUGCGUUAAUGCACAACAAACUUGCUCAAGAAGUUUCAGCCAAGUUUGGCGACAAAGCUUCUACGUGGAUGGCUGAGAGGUGGAUGAAGAUGGGGUUGGGUCCCGCAGAAGUUGCUACAAUGCUUGGCAUUGGCAACAAGAAUCUCGCUUUUCCGGUGCUACGUUCGGCAGCUCGAUGGGUCGACUACGUCAAGAUGUUGCAAAAGAAACACUCGAAACUUGCCAUUGAUACUGAAAAGGCGACGUCUCUUUUAAUCAGUCAUUUGCCAACGGACAAGCAGAUUUCUCUUCUUCGCAAAGUCUGGCCUGACAAUCCGAUUGUUAUUAGAAACCAAUUGAAGAAGGAGGAUUGGCUGGAGCUCUUUGUGACGGGAUGA